CAUGAGUUUGAACCGAAGGACAGGGAUUGUUGAUUUGGAUGGAAGACUAUCAUGCGGAAAAGCUGAUGCCAACCCUUCUUAUUCUCUCAAACCAUCAUCACCCUCAUUACAACCGACACCACAAAGGACCCAAAGUGGUUCAUGGCUAUCCUCAACGGAGACAAAUAAUUUGAGCAUAUCAAGCCAUGGAAAUGGCUUGACUUUUAAACCUAAUGAUGUUAAGGUGGAUGGAGACAAGGCAGUCCUCCAUGUGUCGGAUAGAAUGAAGGAGAGGUUGGAUUCCAGCUCCUUGUCACCUUCAGACAUGUUCCUUAACCUUGAAUUCACCCUCGGAAGGCCAAGUUGGCAAAUGGACUACGCUGAAUCUUCAAAUGAGCUAACCCUUCUCAAGUGUUAGACACUAUAAAACCAGCUAAUAUGAUGUUUUUUCCUGUGAAUUUCGGGGGGGAAAUAUCUAACUUUCAUGAACUAGCUUGUUCCAUGUUCUUUAAAUUUUGUCUGGAAUGAGAAAAAAAGGGUGAAAAAAAGCGUCUGAGUACUCUUUAUCACA